CACAAAUGUGAACAUGAGUUUUUACAAGCUUUGUGUCGCUGUGGGAUUAUUAGCCCUUUUACAUGCAGCAUAUUCAGCAGCACAACACCGAUCCUACCUGCGCCUUACAGAACAGGAAUUUACAAGUCUGCCCUGGGAUAUACUUAUACAGUGUUUACUGUCUCUGUUACUUGUAAUACAUGGAGUUGUACAUAUAGCCGGAUCAUUCCGUGAGAUACGUGCCAGUGCAGAUCUGGAUCAUAAAACCUGGGAUAUGCUUGGAAACAGACAAGGAUUUUUAUCAUUUAACCAUCGAGGGAAAGCUUUAUACAGGGAAUCUGCCGGAGAAUGAACCAUGCACAUCAUUAUAAACUUUUGACACUUGACUGUGUUCCAUCUUUUGAUAAGGAAGUUAACUUUCUAGAAUUAUUGGGAAAGAAAGAACUGCAAGGAUUUGUGACACACCUCAUUUUGUAUCAGUCAAGGGUGUCAGAAUGCACAAGAUAUUGCUGUGUCGUGAGCAACAGAAAAGCUCCAUAAGAGAAUAAAGUAUGUAGGGGAAUCUAGAUGAAAUGUAAUGAAGAAAAAUA